CUACAGAAUUAAUAUAUGGUUACGGAUGGCUUAGCGUUUGUGUCGCUAAUGGCAUAUUAUUGCGCAGUGAAAGGAUGUGGGAACACAAGGUUUAUAACGAAAAGUAACCCGGACAUUGUGUACCAUACAUUUCCCAGAGGCGCAGACAGAUUACGUAGAUGGAUAGUUGCCUGUGGCCAAUCCGAGAAUUGGAAACCGCAGAAGAACCAAGGCAUUUGCUCCCGUCAUUCCGAUAGAAACAGCUACGGUGAACAGUAUAAAAAAAGCCACCAACUUAUUGGCACUAGGAAAUGUAGGAUGUUACUUCCUGAUGCUAUUCCCACGAUGCAACUUUCGAACUUGUUGACUGAAACCACUGCAUCUUCCCCAAAUAAUAUGAACAUUGAAGAUGAAAAAAAUGCGCUGCUUGAACCUUCAGCUACCUCCACAUCUAUUCUUACCACAAUUACUCGAUAUCACCGCUACUGUCGCGAGGCAUACAGCAUUCGGUACGACAUGACGACCCACAACGACAACACAAAUCCCAUCGAUGAAGGUUUGCAAGAUUUGGGUGUACCAGUGCCGGUGCAAACCUUUCUCUGGCAACAGAUUGCUCCUUUCAUCCGACCCAAAUUAGGAAAACUACACGAGUCCACCUGUAUGUAUUGUCAACAUGCACCCGGACAUCAUGAACUGAAAGAAGCAUGUAAGUCGUUCGAAAAGUCGUUGGUACAGAAUAUGUUCUAUGGCCUCUCGCCAUCACUCGAGUCGGCACUGAAAUCAAUUCCCCGAUGGAGACUGGUCCAAGCCGCCUUACCACACGUCAUGCACUGUGCCGGUGCACUCAUGCAUAAUCGUGUGAAGGAUCUACAAGCACUGGGAGCCGCAGAGACCAAAAUCCUUUACACGUUGCACUGGAUUUUGCUGUUUGCUGCCGAGGAAUGUGCCGACGAUGAUAUGGAGGCAAAUAAAGGUUCGAGGAAUCAUCAAAACUAUCUAUUUUCAAUCCCCACUAUUUCGCUUUUCGUUUACAUAUUUGCACCCAUUGCCCAUAUGCUGAAGGAAUCUGAUUUUCAAAACAUUCGCCUGGAGAAUGGUCUUAAGAUGUGGCAAGGCAUGUGGGAAUAUCGUGCACCGAAUGCACCUUGUUUUAUUGCUCCAGUUAAACCGAGAGCGCGUCAUUUUCUGAACUCCGUCAGUACCACUCCAUCUGUAGAAGUAUUUUCUCCGAAAAAACAGGAAAACAAUCAUCACGGAAUCGAUUCUCCUCCGAGUAUUUCGUUUUCAGAAACUCCGAAGCACGAAGAUGAUAUGUCCUACGUUUCAUCGCCAAAGGAUUUCGUAUUUCCUGAGACAAUUCCCGAGGAAGCAUCGAGCGUCGAGGAAGAACGUGUCGUAAUAUUCCAGCUUCCAGUUGGUAGCAAUUUCGCAGAUCCUUCCUUUUACACCGUUGACGCUAGUCUUUUGCAUCACUCCACCAAUCGAAGGGGAAGCAAACAACUUGCUCAUCCACCAGGCAGAGAACGGUCCGAUAAAACGGCGAGUAAAUUCGAUUUCGAUCGAAUUGAUACAUUCAGUAAAGGUGACGACUCGAAACCUAAAACAAGCUCCUCUACUGAGAGAGAAUCACUAGAGACGGAUCCCAAGUACCCACAGUGCGCAAAAGGUGACGUUGUAGCUGCAACAUUUCUCGAUGUUGCAGUUUUACGUUGCCUCUUCAUAUCUCAUUGGCAAGAGGAUGGGGUAUAUUGGAGUUUACACUAUCUCUACAACAGAUUACGAGACAUCAGUGAGGAUUCUUCAAUGCCACCUUCACAGCCAAGAAGACGUUCCAAUUCACUACCGAUUCCUCAGAUAGAAAUUUCUUUGUAUCAAGGACCAAACAGUAGCAACCGCGACAGUCCCAGUACCGGUUCUGUUAACAAGGAUUACAUAGAGAUUCCAGACCCCCCGAUUAGUGCUCUUUUGAUCGAUUCGCCUUAUCAUGCACCGUCGAAACCGUCCAGCAGCAACGAGCAAAGUACUCCAACGGCCGAGAGGAAGGGAAGUGAAAAGAAGCGCCGAGUGAAAAUGGCCGACUUACGAACAUUAAUUGAAACGCGUAUUUUAUCAAAAUCUGACCGAGGACUGGAGAAGAUUGGUCUCGACGCAGCAGCGAAUGGGAAACUUUUGCAACAUUUGGAAUGCCAUCGCAGUUUGGAUACCGGUGAGAAGCAGUUGUCCAGAUCUGCCUCGCUGAUAUCACGAGCACCAUCAACGAACCUGGUUAAAGGAAAAAGCAUGCCUAGUUUAAGCUGUCUUCUAGAUAGCGGAUUUCACAGAUACGUCGAACCGACCAGAGUGGUGAGGAACACGCAACCAACGACGAAUCCAAAACCAGCUCAAACAACACCACGCUAUCCAAUCAUAACGGUUACCGAACAUACACCAACGCCCUCGCCCGAUUAUCUGAAACGUCAGGGUUCAAUCGAUUCUCAACUUGACGCAAUGAGCAUUGGAGGAAGUACUGGAGUGUUCAAAAGUCAAAUGCUACGAUCUCAUACCGAUUCGCAUAUAGGAUAUAACAAUGGCGCCGACGAAAGUGAAGCGCCCGGCUCGAGCUUCUAUAUUACCAAGGAAGGCGGAAUCGAUUACGGAAUCGUCCUGUUAGCCGUUCAUUGUGUCUUCAAACGCGAUUUGAAUGUGUGCACACUUCGAGUACUCGAAACAGGCUUGAACACUUGUGAACUCCUGUUGGACCUAGGGGUCUUAAAAUCAAGCGAACAUGCUCAUACUCUGGCAAUGGGAAUAGUAAAACGAGCACUUUUACAUCUUGGGUGUCCCCAUGGUUGCAAUGACGGCAACCGUGGUCCACCUGCUGAAGUACUACGCACCACCUGUCAUUCUAUUCUUUCAAGGUUACUACGUCAGGCAUCAAAACUAUCAAAGGCGUACCUCCGGAAUAUGAUACGAACAACGCAGCUACACGAGCUGAUAGAGUUUUUCCACGCGUUUGUUGGAUUCUGUGUGGAUCCCAGCUCGCUUCUUUCUCCCUUGAACCAUAAGAGACCAUCUGCCAUAAAAACGCUGACUCCUGACUUUGGCGGUAUAUCAGGCGGACAGGGCGGAUACGCUACCAACUUUGGUAGUGGGCUGAGUGGAGGCGCCGAAAGUCAAGUGAUUGCUGCAGUUUUCAAAACACUCGUUAGUCGUUUCGUGGAAGCCCUGAAGGAUCUAAAGGGGCCGGAAAAUGUCGCCUUAUACUGCGAUGUGCGCCAGCUUGUAACGUAUGUGAAGGGGGCCCAUGGUGGACCAUUCAGGCGCGUCGCUUUGAGCGGUAUUUUAGCUGUCACACCAAGACCACACAAACAGGCGCCAAACAUUCAAACCACUCGGGUAAUCAGACAUAUCCCAGCGAAUGAUAUACAGUCUUACCAGCAGGAUGAGAAGAAUCAAAGGAAACUAUUGUUCAAGAAGAAAAGCACAUCGUCUACAUGUGCAAGUCUGCUGGAAACAGAAGGCUUGGAAGAGCAUUGCCGUGUUAGCCAAAGCCCAUUGAGUAACCUUCGUCGGAAGGGUGCACCCUCGAGGCCUACCUUAACUCCAAGACACAGCGAGAGAGCGUUGCUGUCGGAUUCGACUUCAAGUUCAGAACGCAAUUCCGUUGGCCGACUUAGUGGCAUAGUCCGUUGGUUUCGGGGCUCAAAAGAAUGCGAAUCAGUUGAUUUGGAAUCAGGAAUAAUGGGUAGUUCAGAAAUAACUACAUCCUUUAUGAGGAAAAGUUCUCUCAGUUUCCAAGCAAGAGCACGAGCGACCGAAGGUAUCGGUCGUUCCAUCCAGAGGGCGAGAAGACGUGUACAACGAAGGCUCGGACGAUUUGGGAUAGGAAAAGGGAAGAAAAAGAUGCUGGGAACAGAGGAUAUUUCGGGUAGCUAUUUCAGUCGUCGUAGCUCCCUAGAUUUGGCUGAAGGCCCACGUGAAUCUGAAGUUGUUGUAUUGAAAGAACGACGUUUGGUUCCUAUAGAGUUGGUUCGGCAAGGAAUGGCAAGGUUUUCAUUUUUAUUGGAAAUAUGUGCUCCUGGUUCUAUACCAGAUCCGCAGUUAAUAGCCGCACUACUUGAUUUACCACAAGCUCCGAUUGUAGCACGUGCUACAUUUUUGUUGGAAUGUGCACACUUUGUACACCUGUGUAAUCGUGGACAAUGGCCUAGUUGGAUGAAACAAAAUGUUCCAUCCUUCAGACCAUCUGGGGCAGCACUUGGUAAUCGUACAACGUUGGCAGCUGGCGCAAGACGAAUUCAUAUUUUGCAACGGGCCGCUGGAAAGAUGUUCCAUCAGUGGGGUGAAGCUUUGGGUUUCCGUUUGGACGAUAUGCUCAACAAUGACAAGAAAAAUUUCGAGCAAGUUUCUUCAACCUUAUCAGACCCCGAGAAACAGAAACAAUUGUUGCAGCAAGAUGAAGAAGAGGAUUUCCUUGAUGAAAUGAGUGUUAAUCCUCAUGGAAAUGAUUGUCCACCUGCACUGAAACUUGUGGCAUGUGUUCUUCUACUGGAAAUAACAGGAUUCUUAAGAGAAACGUAUCAAACAUUACCGAAAACUUCACGAUUAUCUACAAAGGAAAAACAAGGUCCAUGGGAUAGAGUUUGCCGAGAAACAAAUCGUCGUUGGUCAAUGGCUCUAAGUUCGAUGGGACACUCUCAAACAUCUGCACAAAGCUUGCAAUCAAUUGCAGGUCAAACGGAACGUAAAAUAUCGUUUGUCCUGCAAGAGCCUGACAAUGAAUCGGAGGGCAGCAGCAACACAACUUUGACAAUCCAAGGAGAGGAAACCGCACAGCAAGCCCAAAAGCGAUCCAUCGCCACAACGAGAAACUUCCUCCUGAGACGUGGAACAUCCACAACACCUGCCGGUGGUUCCUUUAAAAGAAGAUCAUUGAAAUUAAGGCGUGGAGCCAAGGAUGUGAAGGAUAAUGAAGAUUAUCCCGUACGUAGGACUGAUUCAAUACAGUCUCGCAGAAAGGUAUCCUCGUUAUCGGAUCGCAGCGACAACUCCGAACCUGGCCAGGUCAGCGGAGGCGAGGAAUCUCCUGGUAUUUUGAGUGAUGAUCAACCGCCAGAGUCUCCAUGCGAUUCAAAUGAUUCAGAUGAAACAGCAAAAAAUCUACCAUGGUUACGAUCUGUGACAGGGUUUUUGAACUCGUUGAACUACUAUUGUGAUCAUCAAAAUUUCUGUCAUCCUUAUUGCUAUCGGAGACACAUGCGAGCUGCUUCUAGACUUGUAAAAGCAGUCCGAAAGGUUUACGGAGAAGAAUUUGGUUUACUACCAGCCGCGUUUACUCACAUAACUGAUUCAGUGAAAAAUAACACGCGUCGGGAUCGUACCAAACAGGGUAGAAAAGUGUCAGAUCAAAGUUCUUCACAGACUUCCCCAUCACGAAGAAAGGACAGCAUUUCUAAACGUGACAGAAUUAUUCAAGACGAUUCGGAACCGAAUACAUCCCAAUAUUCCCAACGCGUGGACGAGAACAAGAAAAUGCAAGAGCAACCAUUAGUUUUAAAAUAUAUUAAAAAUCACGUACGCGAUAUGUUCCAUGUGCCAAUAGCUACCCUUGUCAAAGGGGCUGCUGUCCUAACGGAAGAACAAUUCACAGAAGUCAUACCGGUAGCAUGGGAACUUUUGCUCGAAUCGAACCAAGAGGUUUCAGCUGCGUCAGCAGCUCUAUUUAUUUUAGCUUCAGUUAAGGCGCCGACUACAGCAUCGGAGCUAAUGCAGCGUUCUAUGAAGCAUACAAAUCCAAACGUGCGAAUUGAAGCUAUGCUUCGAUAUCAAGUUCUUUGGAAAAAUAGAUUCCAAGUAUGGCCUCGCAUGGAAGAGGGUGCACAUCUUACAUUCAAAGUUCCCCCACCGGGAAUAGAGUUUACUCUUCCAUCGCCAAAAAUCGGUAUCGAAAGUUUGCCUGUAGUCGAUCCCCCAUGGAGUCCAUUAUUGCAGAACAAGGAUAUGGAAAUGACCCUUAAUCAGGAAAGACAUCGAUCUCUGGUGACAGCUACGAAAACACGUAAGAAACAACAAACGGAAGCAAUUCGACAUGCCAUUCAACAACAAGAAGAUAAACAGCGUUCUGAAAGACAAAGUUUUCUUAUUACCACAAUUCCAAUAACACAGCAGGCCGCAUGCGAGCCAGGCCUCGAGCAUAGCCCUGGCGAAGAUCACGUCGAAGAGGAAGAAGAUGGCGCUAGAUCGGCAAUUCAUAUGCACGCCGCCCAUUCUGUUUUCCCCUCCUGUUUGUGUUCUUCGGUAAUGCAAAUUGUUGCCUGUCUCGAUGAUGCCGCUGUGAAUGCCGAUGGCUGUGCCGUUUACGAGACAGCCUAUCAGGUCAUAUGGGUUUGCUUAGUAGAGGAUUCGGCCCUAUUCCUGCGAUAUGUUCUCGAGCGGCUCACCAGAGAUCACCAAGAUCAAAUGUUUAAAUUAUUGAGACAUCUGAUUAGAUUUGUACCAAGACUGCCACAGCAGGCUGCUUUUGCGCUGUACAACUACAUUAUUGGAUACGUCAUGUUUUAUGUGCGAUCAACACACGAAUGCAGCCAACAGUUAGUCGGCUCAGCCCUAUCUGUUUUAUGGAUGGUGGUCCAUAGCGUACACGGAAUCAUGUUUAAAGAUCUGAAGCAAAUUCUCCGCAAAGAGCAAUGUGACGCAUCUAUACUAUUGACGGCGAAUGUCCCAUCAGCUAAAAAAAUAAUUGUACAUGGACCAGAAGAUGAAGGUGGGAUACCCUCACAGUUCCCUGUUCAAGAGGAUACACAGUUCACCCAGCUACUCACCGAAUCACUGGAUUUCUUCGGAAUAGACGAGAAGAAGUUGCACCAAUUUGUACUAGUCGAUUAUAAAACCCAGCAAAUACUAAACCCUAAUUGGUACGUGCGUGAUUCGUACUUCUUCAAACGAUCGCAAUAUCCACAACUCCGACUGGUGGAAAUGAAACCCGAAGAUGCGUUCAAUGCUCUCCAGCGACAAGAGUUGUACAAGAAGUUUGUAGAUAUUGGAAAAGUUCACUUAACAUGGGCAAUCUUGAAGAAUGUGGACAUGGUUGUUCAACGCGUCGUGUUUCUCCAUGAAGAGCUCAUGAAAUUACCAUCAUUCCCGAGAAAGGCUCUAGAAGUAGAUCUUGAUCUGCACCAAGGGGGUGAAUUCGGUACGGAACUACUUGGACUGGACGUAUUGCACAAGUUUAUGUGGGUUCGUUUGAUUGCAAGGAUGUUUGAAGCGAUGGCAGGAAAUUUCGCUUACUCUGCUGAUAUACAACUGUUCUUGAACGUUUUAUCAGGAGCCGCCCUGCUGCAUUCGGAAGAUUCUUGUAUAAUGCGUUACGUUACAGCAACAUUCAUUAAUGCAGCAUUUAAUUUCAAGAACAUCUUCUCAACCAAUGGGUAUUUCAUGAUCAUGCCAACACUUUUACAAGUGUAUUCUCUGCACCAAACUAACAAACUGGUGACAACCACCAUAGAGUACGCUGUCAAGCAAUUCUAUUUACUUAACCGAAAACCAUUCAUACUACAAAUGUUCGGUUCAGUAUCGGCAAUUUUAGAUACCGACGAGGAUGGCGCAUACGGCGAAGCUCACAAAGUGCAAUCAAGCUGUUUGUUCAAUCUUUUACUUAGUUUGGAAACCCCGUCGCCGGAUCCUCUCAACAUUGCCGAGCUUGUGAAGGAAUCGAAACCUUUGAAAGCCAUUGAUUUUUGCUAUCACGAUGAAGAUGAAAUGGUGACCGUCCUGGAUUGCAUCACACUGUGCGUUAUGGUGGUAUCAUAUUCCGCGGAAAGUACACGAGGAUAUCAAAUGCUGAUAAUUCUGGAAGCUAUAAUGCCAUGUUACAUGCAGCAAAUACAGUCUCCUAACUAUGUAUCAUUGGAGGGAAAGUGUGAAAGAGACAUCAUACUUCAACUAGCAGUUGCUGUUAAAACAAUGGUUCAUAAUUGCGAGGGAUUAUCAAAGAGUUAUAACGGCCCGUACCGUAACAGCCCGGAACAUAAGGGCUCCAGUCAAAGAAAUUGCUCGAGGGGACCACCUUGUUCGCCUGGAUUAGAUUUUGAGGAAGAAUCGCAUUCCAAAUAUGUUAGUGAUGUUGGACGGACUAAAAUUUUGAGCGAAUCUGUUGAGGACUCGGAAACAAUCCGAGCAGAAUAUCGUAGACCACGUGAUGUGCUACUUUCCGUUGUCGGUGAAUUCAUUACGAGAGCUUCCACGCGGCUGAAUGAUCUUUCGCGUAAGCAGGGCGACAGCAAGGCUAUCGAAUUGUUAGACCUCAAGUGUCACAUACGGUUGGCGGACAUCGCACAUUCACUGCUGAAAGUUUCUCCGUAUGAUCCCGAAUCAAUGGCCUGCCGGGGCUUGCAACGAUACAUGCAGUAUAUACUCCCGAGAGCCGAAUGGGCGGAUGAUCACGGAAUGAAACCAGCUCUGGUCACAAUUCUACGCCGAUUGGAUAAGGUGUUCAUGAAGAUUUCCAAGAAGAGUUCCAUUCGGCGUAAUACCGAUUGGGAAGCAGCUGCCGGUCUUCUGAAAGGAGUCUACGAGGCAAUUGUUCGCUAUCCACACGUACUGCAUUGGCGCGAAAUGAAGACACUACUAACAACUGUUCAGAAUUUGAUCGUCAAUGAACCGGGCAAUGUCCCAGAAGGUGUGUCGAGUGCAGGUGCUGCUCUCAUGUCCAAAAGUCCACCAGCAUUCUUUUGUUCCCAAGUAGUUCGCCUAGUUGCACUUCAAGUUGUGAGUCCGAUUGAUUCGGUUUCCUUUGGAUUGGAACAGAUUUGUGGCGGUAGCGCAGACUUUCCAACUCAAGAAAAAGCCGAAGGUUUUCUAAUGCACCUUCUAAUGCCACUGUGUCUGAAAGUAUGCAGCGGGAGAACCAUGUCCGAUAUUGGUGAGCUUAAACAGUCUGAUAUAUCGUUUUUGGUCACUGCAGUAUUGAACGCAAUGAGUCCAGUAGCAGGAAGAGCUACGCAAUCUGGGAUCCAAAGCAAUCGUACUGGUGCUGAUAUUCGUGCCGGAUCAUUGACAUUCACCGGAAGUAGAGAUGCAAAGCGUCCAGCGAAAAUAUCAACUUCCCUCUAUCAGGCAACUUUUCUCGCUCUACGAGUCUUGUGUAUCUGCUUCGAACCAAGAUUAUCAAACGAAUGGCCACGGAUUGUACGAGUAAUGAGAGACUUGGGCAGACGGAACGAAGCUGCUCCUGAGUUAUGGAGUUUUUUGGAGUUCGUAGUUACACAACGUACGCCACUCUACAUUGUAUUGAUGCCGUUCAUUCUACAUAAAAUCUCACAACCUCCAAUUGGUGAUCAUGAAAGACAUAUGCAGUUUCUAAUUCGAGAACGUAUGAGAGGAAUGCCACCACCCGGUGGUGUUAAAUCUAGAGGUGCUAUUUUAUUGGAACUUGCCCGCGAAAUAAAGGAUUUAAGGGAUGAACUGGAGGAAAAACGAUAUGAUCGGGAUCCUCCGCCACAAGAACCGCCCCGCCGAGAAAUUAAUGUGCCAUUACCUCAAGAGAUGCCAAAACACCAACAAAGACCAUCACUUAUUUCUAUGUUCACGGGAGGACCGCAAGCACCUAGUUUUUCAUCAUUCCAGCAAGAUUCCCGUUCUGGAACAGGUGUGUGCACUCCAAGUGAUACCUUAUCUCAGCACACGUUACACGCACCAAGAGGCGAAUCGCUAUCCAGCUCUACGACAACCACAAAUAAAGAAUUUCUAAUGGCCGACAAUCAAAGUUGUGACGGGAUUACGCUAACGCCUGUGAUCGUGCCGGAAGGAUCGGUUAUUCGCCAAGGUCCUCUGGCAAGUAUACUCGCGGAAAACGUAGGAACCCCACAUCUAACGCACUCAGUAUCUAUGCAACCUUCUAGUAAAGUACAACCACCGCGUUUACGCUUUGUUUCGUCGGUAGAAUUCAAAACGUCUUCCAAUGAAACUUCAACUACUCCUUUGUCGCCAGAUAGCUUGGCAGAUGAUAGCUCGAGCGAGAAUCAGAAACAUCGCUUACAACGUUCUCGUGCCCAAAGUAGGAAAACAUUCCGUUGUCGCCGUGGAGCACCUCGUCACAACAAUCACGGCACUGAGCCACAUCCAUCUCCGACAGUUUCUUCCGUAAUUGGGGUACCUCUCUCACACCCAGUACCACCUGUCGAGCCACAUGAAAUCAUCAAUAAAAACAUCGCAGCAGUUGGGGAUCUUUCGUGGGAUUCCGUCUCCCAGACAUCGUCUACUUCGGGAUAUCGGGAUAAUUACAGCCUGCAGACUGGAUUACUUUCUCCGGACGGUUCUCUGACUGGUACCGCCAUGGGAGGACGAUCAUCCUCGCAGCACUCGCUCCUUAUGCUCUUUGAAACGCAGGACGAAGACACGCUGAUUUAAGAGAUUUUAGAUAAAUAUUAGUUGUUAGAUGUAGUUUUAAAAGAUUUUAAAACAAAAUUUUAACACACGAAAUUUGUAGAGAACUGUUAUUAUGCUACACAUAAGAAGUUGAUGGAUACUGACGUAUAAAAUAGCCAUUUGUGUUGUUGAGGGCUUUCCGUGUGUGAUAACAAUAUACAGUAUUUACGUUUACAACAAUGAAACAUGUUUUAUCGAAAACUAGAAUAGAAUACGAAAGUGAUUGUUAUUGUAAUCAUUGAUUGUUUUAACAGAUUCGCGUAUUGAUCAGACGAAUUUUAAUCUUAGAAAUGACAUAGCGCACAAACUAUGUGUUGCCUGGAACUAAUCAGUAUUUGAUAGAACACAAACCCCGCAAAAUUAUUGCCAAAUUAUACAAGCCAGUAGUGGUCUAUAAUUUCAACCCCGCGAAUAAUGAUAAACAAACCCACGUGAGAUAAUAAAUUUUGAUUGAACGUUUUUAUGAUGAAUUUAUUAAUUGUUUCCAAAUCAAGUUGAGAGUAGUAGAGCAACGUUUUUAUGAUGUAUAUUAUGCCACAGGAAAUAUAUAGUUAACUGUUAUCAACGUUAGCCAUUGUUGUGAGGAAUGUUUAUCAAUUUUAUAAUAGAUGCAUAACUAAAAAUAUUCUUGAGGAGAUAGAAAUAGAAACUAAACAAUAUACCACAAAAAGUAGAGACUAAGCACCAAAAACAAUAUGUAAAACAAUGACAAUGAAAUUAACUGACAGAAAACAUGCCAAAACGGGAAAUAUCAAAUGAAUCAUCGAUGCACGGAAUAUACGUUGAUUGGAACACGAAUGAAUACAUUAACCAUUCUUGAUAUUGGAUCUAGAUAAUUACUAAAAUAAUAUAAAUUGCCAAAUAUUAUAAAUGAAAUUCUAAUAUAUGCUUUUAACCGUGAUAUAACUGAAAA